GAAAAAGAUAAGCUGCAAACCUUAGUACUCAGACAAAAUUCCAUCAUUGAGGAAUUAGAGAAGCAGCUGGUGACAGCAUCUGCAAAUAACUCUCUGCUGCAGAAACAGCAGCAUGAUUUGAUGCAGACUGUACACAAUCUACUAACAUGGAUGACACCGCAAACAGCACCAAGAUCAUCAUUUGUUGCUAAAGAAGAACAGUUAGCUUUUAAAGACUGUGCAGAAGCUUUUAAAUCAGGAAUGACAUCAAAUGGCAUUUAUACAUUGACAAUACAAAAUACAACAGAACAAGUAAAGACAUACUGUGACAUGAAAACUGGAGGAGGUGGCUGGACUGUUAUUCAGAAACGCUUUGAUGGCAGUGUUGACUUUCACAGAACAUGGAAAGACUACAAAAAGGGUUUUGGUGAUCCUUCAGGAGAAUACUGGUUAGGAAAUGAACUAGUCUCCCAACUUACAAAUAUGCAGCGAUAUGUUCUCAAGAUCCAGCUGAAAGACUGGGAAGGAAAUGAAGCUUAUUCACUAUAUGACCAAUUUUACUUAGGAACCGAAGCACAGAAAUAUAGGAUUCACCUCAAAGGAUAUACUGGGACAGCGGGCAAAAUAAACAGCAUAAGCCAACCAGGAAAUGAUUUUAGCACAAAGGAUGCAGACAAUGACAAAUGCAUUUGUAAAUGCUCGCAAAUGGCGACAGGAGGUUGGUGGUUUGAUGCCUGUGGCCCUUCAAACUUGAAUGGAAUGUAUUAUUCACUGGGGCAAAAUACAAACAAAUUCAAUGGAAUCAAAUGGUACUACUGGAAAGGAUCGGGGUACUCAUUGAAAGCAACAACAAUGAUGAUUCGACCUGUUGACUUUUAA